AUGGAUAGGGCAGUGAUAUCUAAUAUUUUGAUCAAGGCAGGGGUCUCUAACCCCCGAUGUGUGAAUAAGGUUAGGAUCAGAGAUAUAAAAGAGGUGGUAACCCCAAAAACUAUAACAAAAACUGCUGUCAGAAAUAUAGUGCAAAUUAGACAAAAUACGAGUACAUUCUCAGAUGUUCAGGGUUAUAAGAAUCUCAAAUUGUGUUCAAUUAAUUGCAGGUCUGUUAAAAACAAAACUCUUUCCAUUUGUGACUUUGUUUUGACGAAUGAUUAUGACCUUGUUGCAUUAACUGAAACAUGGCUUGGCAGCAGUGUCGAUGAGGUUUGUGUUAGCAAACUUGUACCUAGUGGAUACGAAAUAAAGCACGUUCCUCGUUGUGAUGUUGUCAUAACAAGAGACAACGACGACACCAUAUCAUACAUCGAUGUAAUCGAUCCCGGGUUCUCCAAUUCGGAUUGGAAAUUGUCAAUGGACCACUUUGCUGUGUCAAUGAACGUUAGAGCAUCAAAACCAGUGCCUGUUAGAAAAACGGUUUCUUUUCGCAAAUUCCGCAGCAUUGACGUUGAUUUGUUCAAAAAUGACUUAAGACCUCUCUGCAGCCUUCGAUACCAUCGACCACGAGACACUGCUUGUACGGCUCGAAAUCCACUUCGGAAUUACAGGGCAGCCACUGGCAAUUAUCUACAGACCACCGCCGUCAACAGUCUAAGUGCCACUGCCUUUCUGGAGGAAGAAUGGCCAACAUUCUUGUCAAAAUAUGUGACAAUUGACAAAAACAUUAUAAUUGUCGGAGAUCUUAACUUCCAUCUUGACGUUCCUAGCAACCGUGAAACUAUCAAAUUUCUUAGCAUUCUCGAUGCUUGUGGACUUAAACAACAUGUAAAUAAACCAACACACGUGGCCGGUCACAUUCUAGAUGUUGUCAUAACAAGAGACAACGACGACACCAUAUCAUACAUCGAUGUAAUCGAUCUCGGGUUCUCCAAUUCGGAUGGGAAAUUGUCAAUGGAUCACUUUGCUGUGACAAUGAACGUUAGAGCAUCAAAACCAGUGCCUGUUAGAAAAACGGUUUCUUUUCGCAAAUUCCGCAGCAUUGACGUUGAUUUGUUCAAAAAUGACUUAAGAUCAUCUGCAAUAUUGAAUUCUGAAUCAUGUUUGACAAGCGUAGAUGAAUUGGCGGACAGCUAUGAAUCGGAAUUAUCCUUAUUGAUAGAUAAACAUGCUCCACUACGUACCAAAUCAAUAAUUUUACGGCCAACCUGCCCUUGGUACAAUUAACAACUGCAUAAAGAAAAACAUAUAAAACGCAAGCCAGAACGA